GGUCUUGAACGCAGCAGAGAUGCUGCCACUUUGGUCUGGAUACAUAUCACCUUGUUAGCAGGUUGGAUGCUAGCACACACAAUGCGCCUGAGCUUACCGGAGAUGACACAUCCAUUUUAAUACAUUCUGUCGUCUGUCAUAUUUCUCGGCUCUACGCACAAAGGGGACUAUCAUCCAGACUUUGUUAGACAUGACGACUCGCUCAGAAAGGGAGAAAGCCCAAAAACUGAACGAGCAGCAUCAGGCCAUUCUGUCUAAACUGCUGAGAGAGGACGACAACAAAUAUUGUGCGGACUGUGAGGCGAAAGGUCCUCGAUGGGCUUCAUGGAAUCUCGGGGUGUUCAUGUGCAUCCGCUGUGCCGGCAUCCACCGCAACCUUGGCGUCCACAUCUCAAGGGUCAAAUCUGUCAAUCUGGACCAAUGGACCUCGGAGCAGAUCCAGAGUAUAGUGGACAUGGGUAACAGUCGGGCCAAGCGGCUGUAUGAAGCCCAUCUACCGGAAAACUUCAGUCGGCCACAGACUGACCAGGCUGUGGAGGUAUUCAUCCGGGACAAGUAUGAGAGGAAAAAAUACUAUGACAAAGAGGCUCUGCCUACAUCCCUGCAGAAAUCAGCUGACGACGCUCCUCUCUCCAUCUCACCGUCCUCCCAAGGUGACAGGAGCAAACAGCAGAAGGAACACGAAAAGAAGAAGGAUGAGAAGAAGAAAGAAAAGGACAUUGAAAAAGGUGAUCGACAAAACAUAAAGACGGAGUCCAGAGCCAGUCCCAAGAAAAGUAAAGAGGCAGCAGCCGUGGACCUUCUGGGCCUGGAUGCUCCAGAUGGUGGUGGAAAAGUCAAUGAUGAAAUGGACAUUUUUGGACCGAUGGUCUCCAACCCUCUCCCUUCCUCCAACAACACACAGCAGGCCCAGUCAGGCUCCAGUAGCGUGCCUCAACCAUCAGAUUCCUCCACCACCUCCUCCUCUACCUCCACCUGUCCCACCACCAAGGCAGAGGAGAAGAAGCUGUUAUCGAAAGAUUCCAUCCUGUCUCUGUAUGCCAGCAGCUCCGUGGGCAGUCAGCCACAGAGCCAGCAACAGCCUGCUUCUGGCCAAGGUGUGUAUAUGGGCCAGCCUCAGGUAACACAGCAAAGCUUCAACCCAGCCACGGGCCGGUCCAGCACCAUGAUGGGAGGAGGGGCCAUGAUGUCGGGUGUGACUCUCCCCAAUGGAAGCUACAUGGCCGUGCAGCAGAAUGUGAUGGCAGCCAAUCAAGGACAGAACAUUCCCAGCAUGCAGCAAGGACAGUGGAACGUGGGCCAGUUAUCCCAGCAGAUGUCGGGCAUGGCCACCAACGCAGGGGCGCCACCAUCAGGCACGCCGGCCACCGGUUGGCCAGCCGCCUCCGGACAGACCCUCAGCACUCAGCUGUGGAAGUGAAGCAGUGGAACAAACGGCCGCAACCCUCCGUCGCAGCAUCUUCAAGGUUACGAUCAAACACCAAGGUGACAAUACACCGUGGCGGUCGGCCAUGUUUUGUCGUCAUUUGAUUUCAUGUUGGUGCUGUGUGAAGAAGAGGACUAAAAAACACACAAAAAAAAGAAUUCUUCUGGAUGGAGUAUCUACUAUCGUAAUGUUAUAGUUGUAGAAUAUCAUUAGAGUUAUUAAAUAGUUCCUAGUCAUUGAGUGCGUACAGUAGAUAUGGUUCCUUUGUGGUGGUCUCGGUAGCCGCCCAGUCUUCUCUAUACAGCCAGAUAGACCUGUGAGAGGUAAUAGUCCGACUAGUACUGUAUUUGUGUGAAUAUGAUGUGUGAGUACUUCAUCUUUAACAGAGCCAUAGCCUGAAUGAUGAGCGCUUCACCUCCCAGACACGCUAAUCCCUCAUUCUUGACUGCGCAGUUCAUGUAGUAACUGAAGAACAUAGGAUAUCUGAAGACAUAGUAUUGGGAAAAAAAAACCUGAUUGGAUUCUAAUGGAUUCAUUCAAGUGGGGAAAUAUUUAUUGCUGGAAAAUUACAUAAUAAUGACACAUUUUAUUCAACACAUUAACUGAAAAACUCAAGUAUUUGCAAGUCAGGUCCCGAGUCAUUAAUGUCAAAGUCCAAGAUGAGUUGUAAGUAUUUGAUUGUAUUGUCAAGUCAAGUCCAAAGUCAUCAAAAUUGCGACUCGAUUCCAAGUCGCCGCAACUUUGAUCCAUAACUUUUAAUAUACCGUAUUUUCCGGACUAUAAGUCGCAUUUUUUUUUUCAUAGGUUGGCUGUUCCUGCGACUUAUACUCCAGAGCGACUUUCAUUCAUUCAUUCAUUUUCUAUCGCUUAUCCUCACAAAAGUCGCGGGGGGGGGGUGCUGGAGCCUAUCCCAGCUGUCUUCAGUCAAGAGGCGGGGUAAACCCUGGACUGGUGGCCAGCCAAUCACAGGGUACAUAUAUGUAGACAAACAACCAUUCACACUCACAUUCAUACCUAUGGACAAUUUGGAGUCGCUAAUUAAGCUAGCAUGUUUUUUGGAAUGUGGGGAGUACCCGGAGAAUACCCACGGGGAGAACAUGCAAACUCCACACAGAGAUGGCCAAGUGUGGGAUUGAACUCGGGUCUCCUAGCUGUGAGGUCUGUGCGCUAACCACUAGACCACCGUGCAGCCUCCAGAGCGACUUAUAAAUGAAAAAAACUGUUUAUGUUAUAUAAACAUUGAACACCUUUUCUGUUUAUGUUUAUUUUUUGCGUAGCUAAUAAGCAUUGUGUUAGCAUAUCUUACUCGUAUUCAGCCUGUUUUCUAUUCUUUUAUUGUUAUUGUUUAUCGUAAUGUCUGUUUUGGUCAAGUAGUUUGGAAAAUAAAUUACCCGCAAAAAAUGCGACUUAUACUCCAGUGCGACUUAUGUAUGUUUUUUUCUGACAAUUUUUUUUAUUUUUUGACUUGUGCGACUUAUACUCCGGAGCAACUUAUAGUCCAGAAAAUACGGUAUACGGUGGUGUGAAAAAGUGUUUAAAAAAGUGUUGGAAAAAAAAAGUGUUUCCAGAUUUCUUAUACUUUUGCAGGUUGGUCACACUUCAAUAUUUCAGAUCAUGAAACGAUAUUAAAAUAUGAAUCGAUGACAACACAACUGAGCACAAAAUGCAUUUUUUAAAGUCAACUUUUUAUGAUUAAAGAAGAAAAAAAUAAACCUACAUGGUCUUGUGUGAAACCAUGAUUGUCCCCUAAAAGCUAAGCAGCAACAACUGCAAUCAAGCAUUGCAAUAACUUGCAAUGAGUCUCUUCCAGCGCUGUGGAGGAAUGUCGGCCCACUCAUUUUUGCAGAAUUGUUGUCAUUCAGCCAAAUUGGAGGCUUUUCCAGCAUGAACGCGUUUUUUUUUUUUACGGUCAUGUCACAGCAUCUCAAUAGGAUUCAGGUCAGGACUUUUGACUCCACAACUCCAAUGUCUUCAUUGUAGUUUUCGUCAGCCAAUCAGAGUUGGACUUGCUGGUGUGUUUAGGAUCAUUGUCCUGCUGCACAACCCAAGUUGGUUUCUGCUUUAAGUCACCAACAGAUGGCCGGGACAUUCUGAAAACAGCCCCAGACCAUCGCACUACCACCACCGUAUUUUACCCCACUUUUACGCCAGAUGUAGCGGGACACACAACUUUUCUCUCAUCAGACCACAGAAUAUUUUCCCAAAUGUCUGAAGCGAGUGAGGCCUGCAGUUAUUUGGAUAUUCUUGUGGGGUCUUUUGUGACCUCUUGGAUGAGACGUUGCUGCGCUCUUGGGGUCGUUUUUGUUGGCCGUAUACUCCUAGGUAGGUUCACCCACUGUUUCAUGUUUUGUCAUUUGUGGAUAAUGGCUCUCGCUGUGGUUUGCUAGAGUCCCAGUGGCUUUAUAACCUUUUCCAUUCAAACUGAGGUGUGAUAAAUCAGUAAAAAUCCAUGACCAUGUAGGUUUUUUUUCCCCCAUUAAUAAUAUGUUUCAUUUAAAAUUUGCAUUUUGUGUUCAGUUGUGUUGUCAUUGACUAAUAUUUACAUUUGUUUGAUGUGAAACAUGUAAAAAAAAAAAAAGUUUUUAUGGUAGGAAACCUCAAAGGUCGCUACUAUACAUGGUAGUAGUUGUGCAGUCGUAUUAAUAUUCCAUAAUAAAUGAGCAAAUAUACAGUAUAUUUUAUCUCA